AUGGUUUUUACUAACAAUACAACCGGGAAUUUCUCGUUUCCUACCGUUGGAACAAUUUCCAAAACGGAAGUAACAAUCUGGAUUGGAAUACAGUUUUUUCUGAGCCUACUGGGAGCUCUUCUCAUCGUGCUCCUCUUGAUGCUGAUGUCCCGUUUGCACAAACUGAAAACCGGCUCUGGCUAUCUCAUCGCGCAUGCUCUGCUUGUGGAUCUGACAUUCUGCCUGGUUAUCACGCCCAUCACCAAUAUCCCCAUCUACCUUAAGCAGAUAGAUUUCGUCUUCCCGUACGAUUGCACCUUCACCAGCUUUUUAAUGCUCCUGAUCGUGUAUACAGCCAACUGGACGGCCGUGGCACUGGCCGCUAACCGGCUGAUCGCUAUUUUACUACCGUACUGGUACAAGCGCUUUACAUCACCGCGUUUCACUGCUUGCGUUGUGAUGAUGAUCUGGAGUAUGACGAUGGUUUGUGCCGUUCCCACACUGGAUCUGUUACCGGGAUUGAAGCACGCAUUAUUGCCAUCCGGCAGUUGUGGAGUGGUGAGGAAUGAAGGGGUGACCUUUGCCAUCUUGGGUACACUGGGAACGUACGUACCGCUGGUGUUGCUGACGAUUAUGUACAGCAGUUUAUUCUUGAUGUUUCGACUGGGUCGCCGGUUUAACGAAGGGAGGAGUGAGAGCCACAAAAAUCUCCUGAAGAGGAGGUUGUCGAUUGCGAAAGUGUUGGUUUUAUCGUUGUUGUGGUACUGUUUGUGCACUCUGCCAACGGUCAUUUUGACAAUGUUUUAUGGUGCUUGGUGGAGGAGAGAUAUAAGGUUACUGCUGUAUACGAGAACCACGCAAAUUCUCGGCUACGCGGCCAGUCCGGUGUUUUUCUUAGUGCUGCGACCGGAGUACAGGAUGGCCGUGAAACGACUGUUAAAUAUCGGAGAUAAAUAA